UGCAUGCAUUAGCAGACGGAUUGGGACCUGGUAAUAAGUUGGCAUUUUUUAAAGUUUCUUUUAUUCACAGAGAGGAAGAGAGAACAUGUUAAUUGGAAGAAACGAAUAACCUACUACAAACCGUAGAUUCUUUAGCUGCCUAACGUUAGUUACUGUACUUGCAAUAUAUAGUUAUUGUAUCAGAAUAGCUAAGAGAAAAUAACUAACCAAGGUAUUAUAGAUGGACACUGAAUGUUUAACUUUACGGGAUCUCAAGAGUGUAACGUCAAGAAAGAGUACAAGGGACAUGGAUGACGAGGAGGGAAGUACUGAUCAGAAGGAGAACAUCUGUGCGGAGCGCUGGAAGGUGACACCGCACAAGAGUGACCCGGGCUCGGCGGCACUGGGCGGCAGGAAGGGCCUGACCCCGGAGCGGGCCAACGUCACCCCCGUCAAGCCCCCGGACCGGGCCCUGCCCGAGCCCUGGACCCCCACCACCAACCUGAAGGUGCUGUUCAGCGCCAUCAGCCCCGACAUCCGGGACCGCGAGAUGAAGAAAAUCCUGUUCCGGCCCAUUGAGAACGGGUGCGAGGAAGAGGAGGAGGCGGUGACGCCGGAGGACCCGGGACAGUUCGACGUGGCGGACGACGGCGUGGACGAGUUCGAGAAGCAGAAAGGAAGCAGGAAGCAGAAGAGCCUGGGCCUGCUGUGCCAGAAGUUCCUCUCGCUCUACCCAGACUACCCGGCGGCGUCCGAGAUGACCAGCAUCUCCCUGGACGAGGUGGCCUCCAGCCUGGGCGUGGAGCGGAGGCGGAUCUACGACAUCGUGAACGUGCUGGAGUCCCUGAUGCUGGUGAGCCGCGUGGCGAAGAACCACUACCUGUGGCACGGGCGCAAGCAGCUGCGGCAGACGCUGCGGGGUCUGCAGGGCCUGGGCGCGCAGCAGGGCUACCGGCUGCAGAUGGAGCAGCUGCGCGACUGCAAGCGCAGGCCGUCUGCGCAGCCGGCCGAGGAGAGCGCAGACGCGGGCUCCGGGGCGGCCAACCGGCGGAAGGAGAAGUCGCUGCGGAUCAUGAGCCAGAAGUUCGUCAUGCUGUUCCUGGUGUCGGAGACGCUGACCGUCACCCUCGACGUCGCCGCCAAAAUCCUGAUCGAGGAGAGCCAGGACACCGCCAGCCACAGCAAGUACAAAACUAAGGUCCGGCGGCUGUACGACAUCGCCAAUGUGCUGACCAGCCUGGGCCUCAUUCAGAAGGUCCACGUCAAGGAGGAGCGGGGGAGGAAGCCGGCCUUCAAGUGGAUCGGCCCGGCCGAGUUCCAAACUGGCGAUGAUCUGGAGGCUGUGGCAGCAGUUUCACUCCCAGAGUUCCCGGAGGAAGUGCCGUCGGGCGUUUCCUGUGGCGGGAGGCAGAGGCUGGCUCGCCACGCCUCUUUCAACGUGGUGCCCGCGUCCGUCAUCGCCCAGCGAAGAGUUAGCUCCGCCCCCAGCAGCCCUCGCAGGGAACUGACAGGUAAAGUCUCUGAGCCCGUGGAUUAUUCCAGAAGGACGGGGAGCAGCAGCGCUGUGUGCCGGCUGCAGUUCGGAGACGACGUCGGAGCUCAGCUGAGUGGGGGGCCAAAGACCGUCGCCCCAAAAAGCCACCCUGUGAGCCCUGUGCUCGCCCCUCUGGCCGUACCCGUCCAUCAAGAGGCCCCCUACAGGCCCCACCCCUUGCUCCGCCCCGAAACGCUGCUACCUCGCUUUUACACCGGCACGGCCCAAACCUUCGGCCCCGCCCCUCCCACGACCGCCACCCCGCCCAGGGACGAGCGGGAGCCCCGCCCCCAGCCCCACGCGCCGCUGUACAUCCCCAACCUGUCGUCGGCGUCCGUGCUCAUGCUGUGUGGCGGCGCCGCGCUCGGCCAGGGUCAGAGGUCACCCGCGUCCAGCGGGGAGGGAAUGCUGGGAAAGAGGAAGAUGGAGGAGGAGGAGGAAGGACACGGGGUUAAGAGGGACAGGGUGGAGCCUUGUCAUCAGAAGAGAGGGGACGGGGACGGUGAGUCCGGGGGUUCCCCAAAGACCUCCAGCCCCGGGACGUUCGCGUACGACGGCUCACGGCACCCCGCGACGCAGCUGCAGGAGGAGGCCCCGCCCAGGCCGCUCAGAGACGCCCCCCCGCCCUCGCACUACCUCUACGUCCCCAACUCCGCAGGCCUGAACGGUUUGAACUUCCUGCUGUCCCCCGGACACGCCCCCGGCGGGCUGGCCCUGUCCCAGGGGGGCCUGUCGGCUCUCGCCCUCCCCUACGUCCUGGUGCCCGCCGCGGCGCUCUCCGCCUACCCCCUCCUCGCCAGCGGGGUCCCGGGGGCGUGCGGCGGCGGCGACGCCCAGGGCGGCAAGAUCAGCUUCGGCGUGCCGGCGCAGUUUGUGGUGGGGGGCGGCUCCUUCGCCGUCUCGGGGGCGGCGGGGUUCGGGGGACCCCACCCGGAGCAGACCGCUCAGACGGACCCCCCGCGGGAGCCCGGCCAGCCUCCCGCGUUCCUCAAAAUGGAGCCUCAGACACCGCUGACCCCGAAGGAAGUCGGCCUCGCCACCUCUCAGGCAUUUUUCCAAACGCCGGGGACCCUGAAUGCUGCCAGCCCCCCCGCCGCCCGCCGACGGGGCUCCGCCCAAAGGAGGCUGGACGUCGGGCUCCCGCCGGCCAAUUAGGAGCCGAGCCGAAUGCCGGCGUGCCUCUUCCCAGAAGCUCCGGCUGCUGUUUUUCGACGAGGCCCAGAGAAUGUAGUUACAGCCCGAUCUCGCUCCUGAAUGGGCGUUUGUUGCACCUGAACAGCGUAGUUCGUAGGACAGCCUGGGUCAGCUUCAGCCGUUCCCGGGGGUUUUGCCUUUUUCUAAUCAAGUACUAUUGCUUCCUACCGCAGCUGCGCUGGCUGAUUUCUUGCCGCAGGUGCUAUUUUUUUCGUAAUUACUGUACAUAUUUUCUAAGAUUUUGGUACGUAACUAAGAAACUCACGGGGGGACACGUUACUGAAGUGUGUUGAGUGGACGCUAUGCUGUCUGCAGGGGCCCUUCCAAGUGAUCGGUGUUUGUUGCACUGCCCCCUAGUGGAAGAUUCCUGCCCUGAUGGAGAUGAAAUGGCUACCUGGGUAAUUCUACAUUGCCCCUCAAUAGAAACAUCCCAAAAUUAUUUAUGUGUUUGUUAAACUGUGCAAAGGAGUCGGGGCGGAUCGUUUUUAAAAAAAUGCUAUGUUUUAACGACUUGAAGAUGUGAUCUCUUCCAUCAAAUUCGAUAGCACUAAGUAUUUCUAAUGUUUGCAUGCGAUUUUAUGAAUGUGUCUUGAUAGGUCAUACUGUGGCAGUUCAGUGUAAUGUAUAGGUUAUAAUAGGAAAAUUGCUACUUUCUUAUUUUUAAAAAAAGCAUGUUUGAUCACAGGAAACAGUAAAAUAUGUACACAAGCAAUCUUCCCAGGAUGCAUUUCACAUGGUGCUCUUAAUGUUUACACCGGGCGGUGUCGCCCGCUCGCCCCCCCCCCAGUGGUGAGAGAGCGAGUGCGAGCGCUGCUUUAGAGAACUGGAAGAACUCCAGCCGCUGCUGCCUGAAAGAAUGAGCAGCAUUCGCUGUGAAGCCUGUCGUCUGUGCCUUUAAUAGAGAGGGAGA